AUGUCACAGAGGUUUCCAGAAGUCCAGGGAGGAGGAUCUCUCAUUGUCGCGUGGCAAGUCAGAAAUAAGAAUGUUCUUGUCGUGGGUGGUGGCGAGGUCGCCGCAGGCCGUAUACUCCAUGCCCUCAAUGCCGAUGCCAAAGUGACCGUCGUCUGUCCAAGCUCAGGACUGAACGACGAAGUCGCUUUUCGUGUUGCCCAGAAACAGGUCUUGCACAUCGAUCGCAACUUUGAACCGCACGACCUUGACAAUGCAGACAUGGUGCUCUGCGCAAUUGAUGAUUCAGAUGUCUCGUCGCGAAUAUGGAGGCUGUGCAAAGAGCGCCGGAUUCCAGCUAAUAUUGCGGAUGUGCCCUCCGAGUGCGACUUCUAUUUUGGCAGCGUGCACCGCGACGGGCCAUUGCAGGUCAUGGUGAGCACAAAUGGUAACGGUCCGAAGCUGGCCAGCAUUGUGCGCAAGAAGAUCGCCGAGGCGCUGCCGGAUAAUACGGGUGUGGCCAUUGAGAACGUAGGCAAGUUACGGAAAAAGCUAAGAGAGAUUGCGCCCGAUGCCAGUGAAGGACCGAAGAGGAUGAAAUGGAUGUCGAACAUUUGUGAGUCGUGGAGUCUGGAAGACCUCGUCGAAAUGACUGAAGGAGACAUGGAUACUCUAUUAAGAUCCUACGAGUCUGGGCGAGUGCCUAGUCUGGAACAGGUUCGCCAGGAGCGUCCUUAG